AACAUUGAUAGAUUGUGAUUAAACGUACAACGCUUUAGUAUAGAAAAUACGGUGUAAUCAACGGUUUUUUUGGAAAGUUUAUAAAAUAUGACACACUAUAAUGAUUAUAUUCCACCAAGUGAGAGUCUUGACCCGGUGCUUAUAAUCUUCUACGUUCUUAUUGGCGUUGUAACGAUUGCUCAAGUAUUUUAUAUAUUUUACUCUAGGUAUUCGUACAAAACUUUUAAAAAUGUUUUGUUGCAAAGAGGACGACUACUUCAGAUAGUGCCCAUAGUCACUGUAUCAACGAUUCAAUCUGUACAAGGAGGGGUCCAGAAUGUCGUCCACCCUGUUGAUUUUCAAGCAUCCGCACCUUCAAACUUGUAUACUGCUGCUGAUGGUUCAAGAAUAAUAGACAAUAAAGUGGCUCCACCUGCAUAUGUCCCUUGAUAAUACAACACAUUUGCAUUAAUUAAAUAUACUGAUUAAAUAAACUUAUGUAUUUUAUUCUUUAUAUAUUAAACUUUGUACUCUAAAACAACGCUAAUUUUAGUCUGAUUAUUAAUGUAAAUCAUUAUCAAAAGGCUGUUAAAUAAAUGUAAGAACCCAGAGAUACUAAUAAAAUUUAAGGUGGAGG